CCAAUUCGAUUGGCUUGUAACCCUACUUUUACUCCCUAAUCAAAAUUGGAUAAAAGGAGUGGGUUUCAUCCGUUAGAUUGGCCUCGAGCGUGUACCUCCGACCGUCCCAAUCAUCUCGAGUUGUAACCCUAAUUUUUCCCGUCUCAGAAACAAAACCAGAUCGAAGAAGUGGGUUUGUGACACACAGUCAAGCAAAGAUCAACGUGACACCAUAUAUACGCUUGAUAUUCUACAAUAUAGUAUUAUAGAAUUUUGCACUACAAUGAAAUUUACAGCGAAAGGCAAGACAGAUUUUUGCCGACUACAGUAUAUAUAUCUGUGGGAAAACUUUCAGAGAGACUCAAUACAAAGACAUAUAAGUUGAUGGAAGACAAGAGGACAAGGUUGGUAGAAGAAAGAGCAUUGUCAAAAAUGGAGGAGAAAAACAAGCAACAAGAGAAAAUUGUACCCCAUCUUUCAAAAGACUGCAUCUGCAGUAUCCUUGUGCGACUUCCUCCUGAAUCUCUUCAAAGGUCGAUGUCUGUUUGUAAGCCAUGGUAUAAGAUGAUUAACAGCUCUUUUUUCAUUGAUGCCUUCCUCCAUCGCGCUGAAACUGUUGUAAUCUUUCUCACUGGAAGUCACUUCCCUUGUUCUAAAACUACAAUCCCUCAAGAAAAAUCAAACACUUUCUCUGUUGAAGCUAACCUUGUUCAAUCACAAUCCCUACCUCUAUCUCAGCGACUAAAUAUAGUGCCGAGACCAGAGUUCUGUAUAAAUUUCAUGGAAAUAAAAGAUGGUAAGAGCAAGAUACGAGACUUUCAUGUGACUUGUUUGGGAAGAAUUAUAGCUACUUGCAAUGGUUUCAUUCUGCUUGGUUACAAUAUGAACAAAAAAAUUGGUUGUCCUGAAUCCUUUGACUAAAAAGCUGAUUGCACUUCCUUUAGGUACUAUAUCUCCUACCCGCAAGGAAUCAUAUGGGUUAGUAUUAUGCAAUUCUACACGUGAAUAUAAAUUGAUACACUUAUUUCAGGACGAAAUGCGGUACAUUGGUUGUGAAAUUUUUGUUCUUGGGGCAAGAUCAUGGAGGAUGGUGGAUGGACCUCCUUUUGGACUUUUUAGUUGGUUGGGGUGCAACCCAGUUUCUGCAAUUGGAGCUUUGCAUUGGAUUCCUCGCAUUGAUUGUAGUGAUUACCUAGUAUCUAUGUCAACAGAUGAUGAUAAAUUCCACAAGACACCUCUCCCGAAACGUAGUAGAACUCACGAUGGGAUUGUUGAAAUGGGUGGGCUUCUUUCUUUUAUGACUCAUGAAGAUACAAGCCAUAUUGAUAUUUGGAUCUUGAGGGGUUUAAAUGGGCAAGAUUGGAUAAAGCAACAUAGUAUCACAGUUGGUUGCUCAAUCAAAAUGACUCCUCUUUAUUGUUCAAGAGUUAAGGGUGAAAUCAUUUUCAUGGACAAAGAUGGCUCUCUGUAUGCUUAUGAUUUUGAAAGUAUGAAAGAGGUUAACAUGGAAAACGGAUGUCCGGUCCUCAUCAGCUACUGCUACCCUCAUGUUGACAGCUUUGCGUCGUGGCAGAUUGAGGAAAAAGAUCUGGACGUGGAUUACUAGUGCCUCUUUCCUUGAGUAUUGGUAAAGAUAAACCUUUCAUUUAGUGUCGGAACACUUUUCCAUUUAAGUACUGAUUUUUUUGUCUUUUAAUUACGUGUUACAGUGGGGGCGUGUGUGUAUAUACUAGUGCAUUUGGAAAUUGGAACUAGUGAACUGCUUAUGACAUUUUAUUGUUUACCAUUUCUAUACCCUACCAUGAUUGCACCUAAGCUGUGUUCACUUUGCAAUGCUCGCAAUUGGUCUUCUUAGUGGCAACAAAAGAAAAUAAGAAUAUUAUUCGAGCAUUAACUCCAAGCCAAUCUUCGUUGGUCAAUGUAAGGCUUGAUACAUCAUGUGCAUGUGUUCAAUGUAUCUUUUCUUGUGGCGGUGAAAUAUUUGUAUCAUUGGAUCAAGAUCUAUAAACAACACGUCUUUU